AAGUUGUAGUGUAGACACUUGCUUGCAGACUGCACUCAAUUUUUGUUGCUAUCGUUGUUAUUCAUCUGUGUCAUUAUAUAUCAUGAAAUUUAAUAUUGUAUUAGUAUCAACGCUGUUAUACUAAACUUAAUGCAUGUAGUUUACAGAUGUAUGUUGAAAGAAAGCUCACUUAUUCCAUGCAUCGGUCUGCGUAGCUUUAGUCCAUAUCGGUCAUACCGUGGCGAUUAACGUAUACAAAAUACUAUUUGCAAAACUGAACAAGACCGAUACUUCUAAGGAAAUUAUGGAAAAGAGCAAAAAACUUCAAGUUGUGAGAGAAGCUGUUCAGACUUAUCAUAAUUUUCCUAAAGAUGGAAUAUUGUUCCGGGAUGUUUUUGGCAUCUUUCAAAAUGUGAUUGCCAUGCGAGCUCUGAAGGAUUUGUUAGUGGAACACACUCUUCUACUCCAAGUAGACAAGAUCGUUGGUUUAGAUUCUCGAGGGUUUCUCAUUGGCCCUCUCAUCAGUGUUGAACUGGGAAAGCCUUUUCUCCCUAUUAGGAAAAAAGGGAAACUGCCAGGAUACGUUGUGCAGAAAAGUUAUACAUUGGAAUAUGGUGAAGAAAUAUUUGAAAUCCAAGCCGAUAAUAUUGAUAGGGGAACUAGAAUUUUGAUUGUUGAUGAUUUACUGGCAACCGGUGGUUCCAUGGGAGCAGCAAUUGAACUUUUGGAAAACUGUGGUGCAGAGAUCGUGGAAUGUCUUGUCGUGAUGGAACUUUCGUCUUUGAAAGGUCGUCAUAAAAUUGGAGUUCCUGUACACUCUUUGAUACAGUACGAUUGAGCGUCAAAUUGAAUAAAGUCGUACCAGUUAUGGAAAAUUUGGAGCAGCUAGAAUAUUUGAGAGCACACUCAUCUUUUAUUUUCAUAGGAAUUUAUGAAUAAUAAUAAACAAUCGCACAAAUUCAACAUAA